UGAUCACCUCGUCGCAUCGACCAAAACAGCUAACGCUAGCUGACCUAGCUGCUGGUUAAAGUUAUGACAGGACAUGAAGAUUUAACAGUGUACGAUAAGAUCCUGACUCUAGUAAAGAAGUUUUGAGAGUUUCUCGCCACCAACCAGAUUGAAAGCUUCAACUGGGGGCAAAUAAUGCCUUAUCUCUGAGAGAAUGGGAGGAAGUGGAUCCAAAGCCAAGGGUGUCUGGCCUUUCUCAGGCAGUGGAGCUGGAGGCGACUCUGCUACUGAUGGGAAUGAGCAAUCUUUGGCCCGGGUCAAAGGGUCCAGAAAUGCAACGCCUUUUGUUUUUACCAGGCGGAGUUCUUUGUACUAUGACGAAGACGGCGAUCUCGCCCAUGAAUUCUAUGAAGAGACGGUGGUGACAAAAAAUGGCAGGAAGAAGUCCAAGUUGAAGAGGAUUCAAAAAAAUUUGAUUCCACAGGGCAUUGUGAAGCUCGACCACCCGUGUAUACAUGUAGACUUCCCCAUCGUCCUCUGUGAGGUGUGAAAUGUUGCACAGGACAGAUCUUACAUGAAGUGCUGCCACAGGAACUCUUCUUAGAAAAAAGAGUGGGACCAAAGUCUUGUUCCAAUGUCAAGCGUUGUGGACAAGACUGAAACUGUGGGGUCUGAAGAGAAAAAAAGUGAAAUUCAAUAUGACAUAUUCAACUGAUGCAUUGAAUGAAAUGUUAUACAUUUGAAUUCAACUAUCAUCACAGGGUGCCCUGUUAUCCUAAAAUUCAUAUUUUGAUAUUCACAGAAGUAGUGAAGGUACAGGUUGUGUUUCCACUACCCAGCUGAUAUGUAAGCAGUCUUAGAGAAUAUGUCAAACUGAGCUGUGUCUCUCUCAUGAGUUUUUUGCAGGGAAAAACAUCCUUGACGUGAAAAGGCUUUAACGGUGUAUGCCUUCUAUGAGACGUAGAGUGGUAGAAACUGUGUGUCCCUGUAUGUGUACGUGUGUGCAGUUAGGUUCGUUUGAGUGAAUGUGCAUCAGAGGGAUGAGAGUUGUUCGAGGGAAGGAUCAUGAAGGAUUGUGAAAUUUAUUGUAUAUAUAGUCACGUUCUGUAUUGUCAUGUCUGAGUCUGUCUCUUACUGAAGCUCAGACCUGCACUAGUGAACAUAAUGUACUGUACAUCAUUUCAGAUUUCUUAGUUGGAAAUACUUGAAUAAAUGGUUUACUGAG